AUGUUGGCCCAACGCUAUCGAAGAGUAGUCCUGCAGUUCCGUGAGAGGUUAUCCAUGUACAUCAAGAGACUGUUGUCGGCGGUGCUCAUUACCCCUUCAACCUCGCCCUGGGCGUCACCCAUAGUGGUUAUUAUCAAGGUCAACGGCGUGGAUAUCCGCCUCUGCAUCGAUUACCAAUAG